GUCACUUGCAGACGGGUGUUGACAUCGGUCAGAAUACAGAACUUCUUUUACAGACGGAGACCUGUGCACCACAUCAGACAACAGGAUACCAGCAAAAUGGCCCAGGUUGAAUCAAAUGUGCUGCUAAAGGGAUUUGUGCUGACACACUUUGUGUUGACAGUUUGGGCCUCUAUGUCAGCCAUGUUUCCCGUUUCCUACAUUUACUGCCAUGGUAUUGUGAUUCUGACUGGAAUCUUGGCCAUCCUGCAUGAAGAAUCCCACACUCGUGUUCUCAUGUUCCUCAUAUUUAACAUUAUAAGUGUCCCAUUAGAUGUAAUCUUCCUGUCCAUAUUCCAACCAAUGGCAUAUGAUAUAUUUGAACAUCCAAAUGCAGGUACUGGAGCCCGUAACUUAUACAGGUUCAGUCUUGGGAUGAGCAUUGUGAACUUGCUCAUCAAACCUCUGACCUGCCUAGUGACCUUCAGGAUCUACCAGGAGAGAGGGGGGAGCUAUGCUGAUAUCAACAUACCUGUCCCAGGACUACAGGCUUUUGGUACCGGCAGUGGCACCCGCACAGGACAGUAUGAAAACAUUGACCAGCCUGUGCCGACUAAUCAAGUUGAGACAGCCUCGCCACAUCAGAGUUUCGAUAAGCCUCCACCAUCUUAUUCUGAACCUUAGCCGAUCAGGCACAUUCUGCUUUACUUGUCGCUUUCUCAUCUGUAAAUAUGUCUCACUCUGUAUGCCUAUAGACCUUUCUGAACUCCCAAUUAAAAACAUGCAAUUAACCAAUCAGCACUGUUGCAAAGAGGUCAGCUGGGUUUCCCACACAUUGGUGACAAAUGUUCAGUCUUUCUGUGAUGUCAUGGUAUCACAUUUGCUUUCACCGGAAUGGAAUGAAAAGUAACAUUGUCACAGGAAGGAGUGGUGAGACAUCAGGUGGGUUAGAGCCAUCCAUUAACAACAGAGUGUAAUGUUUUCAAGGGAAAUAACUCUUUCAGCAGUCUUUUCUGGAGCUUGUGAAAGCAUUUUGAGAAUGUUAAAACCUGGAUGUACUUUAAUGUGGUUUUUAACAAAUACGUAUGUUGAAAAUCUGAGGGGCUUGAAUGAAUUGCAUCACAGAUACAUGUAUGUUAGUUUCCUAAUGACUAAUGAAAUCUAGUGCAAGAAUCCAUGCACUGCCGAGAGUGUUGUCCUCUGCAUGUUAACACUGUUAGACCUCAGGCUCAGACAUCUCAAUCUGUGUAUAUCACAUCAGGCUCUGCAGGGAAAUCUAGACUGGUCUGUCAUUACGUACAGGCAGGAACAGAUAAGUUGACUUAGGCUAUACCAGUAUUUCACAUCAUGAUCGGUCAGAAACGUAAGCUGAUGCUAGAUAGCACAGCAGGUUGCCUAAUGUAACAAUGGCUGCAUAACUGCUACAGAUACUAUAGGGUUAAGAAGUGUAAAUUGGAAAGACUUUGACAGCAGCUGAGCUAUAGCCGUUUGGCUCAUAUUAGGGUUCAGUGUGUAGACUAAAACCAGUCUGAAGACAGACAUUUUCUGAAGCAAGUAUGUGUAGUUUUUGGCCAAGUCUUUUACGUAUUUGUGCUCAGUGUGUAUAAAUAAACCAGAUUUUAGAGAAGAGGUGAUUUGACUUGGACAUGAGUCAUAAAGCAAACUUUACUACCCAACCAAACCUGAGCUACUAAAUCUCUUUGUUGACAUGAAGAAAUUUGUUAACCAGUAUAUUUGAUGAGCUUGAUGCACUACUUCAUGUCUAUAUAUGUGAGCACUGGACUACAUGCAGUAAGGAAAUGUUAUAUUGCUUCAGUCUUGUAUAACAGCCAUGGCGGUAAAAUAGUUCUUUCAGAUGGCAUUUAAAAUUUCCAACUGUCUAGAAUGAACAAAUCUUGACGCUCAGAUUCUUUGGCAGGAGUUGUUUCCCUUGGCACCAUAGCACUCAUGCCUCUGUGCAGAUGCACUGGCUUCAGAUAUUCUCGCACUGAACCUGUUUUUAUAACACUCAUUCUUACGUUCAAACACAAAAACUAUGUUCGGAGAUUCUUUUGCUGUGAAAGAAAUAUAUAUUAUAUACCACAUUCCAUUUAGAUUUCAAUUUGCAACAACUGGAGCUUGUUAAUGGUGCCUUUUAUAUUAGAGUCUUUCCAUGCCUCAGCUGGGAGUGAACUGCUGGGCUGAUUGUCUAUGUUUAGUGGUUACCUAGAUCAGUCAUGGAGGUUAUGUUUUUGGUGAUGUUUAUGUUUUGUCUGUCUAGGAAAAGCCAACUUGUGAAAUUGGUAUAUUUAGUGGUUACGGAGUUAGUACAUUUAGCUGAAAUAGAAUUGCUACAUUUACCUGUUAGAGAAUUUUUACAUUUAACUGUUACAGAAAAUUGUACAUUUAGAUGUUGCAGAAUUUGUACAUUCAGCUGUUACAAAAUUGCUACAUUCAGCUGUUACAGAAUUGGUGCAUUUAGUUGUUACAGAAUUUGAACAUUUAGUUGUUACAGAAUUUACACAUGUUUUAUUCAUUUCAGCUAACUGUCACAUUCAAGUAAAAGUGGGGCCUCUAAUAGUAGGACCUCCAAUAGAGGGGCCUGUAACAGUGGGGCAAUAAUAGAAGGACCUGUAACAGCA